AUGGAAGGAAGAAAAAGUGUCGCAAACAAUUCGUCGACUACCUCUGCAGUUAAAGUUCCUACAACUUAUGUCUCACCAUUCUCAAAACCCUUACAACCUCCUAUAAUACCAAAGCAACUUCCUCAUACAAUUGCAAACAAUUCGUCGACUACCUCUGCAGUUAAAGUUCCUACAACUUAUGUCUCACCAUUCUCAAAACCCUUACAACCUCCUAUAAUACCAAAGCAACUUCCUCAUACAAUUGCAAACAAUUCGUCGACUACCUCUGCAGUUAAAGUUCCUACAACUUAUGUCUCACCAUUCUCAAAACCCUUACGACCUCCUAUAAUACCAAAGCAACUUCCUCAUACAAUUGCAAACAAAUUGUCCAACAAUUUGAGUUCUUCUUCUCAAAACACAACAGAUACAGCUCAGCCAACAGGUCAAGCAACAACAACUAUCGGAACAGAAGCAUUUUCAGAAGAAGUUCAUACCAAUCAGACUCCAAUCGAACAUACAGAAACACAACCACCCGAAAAUACAGAAACACAUCCAAUCGAACAUACAGAAACACAUUCUGCAAUGACCACUAG